UGUUGGAUUUAUAUCGCAGUGAUUGUGCCGCAUCGUUCUCGAUCGUCCGAUCUGCUCCCUUCCUCUCGCUCUACGCCUCCGCGUCCGAAACCCUAAUAUAUCGAGCGAUUUCGACCGAUUUGGACUCCCCAAGGCCCUGAUCAAUCUCUGUUUCCGUCCAUACUGCGAUCAAAUGAUGGGCGUCGAACUCAUCGCCACGCCUCGCGUCGUGGUUUUGCUUUGAUUUCCUUCUGGUCUUGCGUGAAACGGUUGCGCCUUCGCGAGAUCGGUGGAAGGGCCCUUCUUGUUGCUUUGUUCAUCCGGUGAUUUCUGACGCUAGGCAGCAGUUGGAUUUGUACCGGUCUCCUACUCGUGAUUGCGUUGGUGCGAUGGAGCCUCGCGUUGGGAACAAAUUCCGCCUUGGUCGCAAGAUCGGCAGCGGGUCCUUUGGGGAGAUCUAUCUAGGUACUAAUAUCCAAACCAACGAGGAAGUUGCAAUCAAACUUGAAAACGUUAAGACGAAACAUCCCCAGCUGCUCUAUGAAUCAAAGCUGUACAGGAUCCUGCAAGGAGGAACUGGAAUUCCAAAUGUGAAAUGGUACGGUGUUGAGGGUGAUUAUAAUGUUCUCGUGAUUGAUUUACUGGGACCAAGUCUUGAAGAUCUGUUCAGCUUCUGCAGCCGAAAACUUUCUCUGAAGACUGUUUUGAUGCUUGCAGAUCAGAUGAUUAAUCGAGUAGAAUUUGUGCAUUCUAAGUCAUUUCUUCACCGAGACAUUAAACCAGACAAUUUUCUUGUGGGUCUUGGUAGACGAGUUAACCAGGUGUAUAUGAUUGAUUUUGGCCUUGCCAAAAAGUAUAGGGAUACUUCAACUCAUCAGCAUAUUCCUUAUAGAGAGAACAAAAACUUGACUGGAACAGCAAGGUAUGCAAGUGUGAACACACAUCUUGGCAUAGAACAAAGCAGGAGGGAUGAUUUGGAAUCUCUUGGGUAUGUUCUUAUGUACUUCUUAAGGGGCAGCCUUCCAUGGCAGGGUCUAAAAGCAGGAACUAAGAAACAGAAAUAUGAAAAAAUUAGUGAAAAGAAAGUUUCCACAUCAAUUGAGGCUCUAUGUAGGGGAUAUCCUUCAGAGUUUGCAUCGUAUUUCCAUUAUUGUCGCUUACUGCGAUUUGAGGACAAGCCUGAUUAUGCGUAUCUCAAGAGAUUAUUCCGUGACCUUUUUAUCCGUGAAGGGUUUCAGUUUGAUUAUAUGUUUGAUUGGACCAUUUUAAAGAUUCAGCAGACACAGAUAUCUGGUGCUCCUCCACGUGCUAUUGGUCCAAGUGCAGGCCCUAGCUCCGGCCUGGCUCCUCCCAUCGCCAAUGUUAGGCAGCCAGGUGGUGCAGAAGUGCGGGCAAAUGGUCGGUUAGUGAUGGACUCUUCUCAUCGUGCACGAGUUACACCUCCAGCUGAAAAUGUAGGCAGCUUAUUAAAGCAGAAGGCUCCUAUAGGGAAUGAUCCACUUGCCAUUAGAGAUGUUAUGUUUUCCAGUUCAACUUUUUUGGGACAGUCAAGUGGAUCCUCAAGGCGGGCUGCUGUUUCUGGUAGCAGAGAUUUGUUUGGCACAGAGGCAGAUCAAUCUCAUGGUCGUACAGCAGAGGCCAGCCCAGGUACAUUCCGCAAGGUUUCAAAUGCUCAGAGAUCCCCCAUUAGUUCUGCAGACCACAGGCAUACUUCUUCCAGAAGAAACAUGUCUACCAUUAAGAAUUAUGAAUCUGCACUCAAAGGCAUGGAUGCCCUAAAUUUUGACAGCAAUGAAAGGAACCAGUUAUAGUGAUUGCAAGUCUCCUUCUGCAACCUUUUUUUUCAUGUUCCUCUGUAGAAAUUCAUAAACUAGGAUUACACCUUGACUUGUUCUCUCCAUCGACUAGUGGAUGAAUAACUAGUCUGACUUCACCACUACGUGCUGAUGUGAAGUGCCCCCAGAUAUGAAAUAUAAAUUACAAGGUGGGCUCAACCCUCCAAGAACGAAUGCCUGAGAUUGAUGGUGUGCCUUCUCUGCUGUGUCAUUGAUUAUUUUAUUAUAAUUUCCGAAAGUUCUCGUGGUUAA